UUUAUUUAUUUUUGGCAUUGUUCCAACCUCUUCUGGAGAUGUACACAGUUUGUCACAAGUAUCAACAGUAGCAUAGUUAUACAACAGCUGUAUGAAGGGGUAAAGAUGAUGAGUAGAUGAGAUGGUAUAAAUUGACACUGCCACCUUUAGCGCUCCAUGCUAUCACGAACAAAUAUAAAAUAAGCCUCCCAUCAGAUUUCAUGUGAUGUUUUUAAUUCUACAGUACCAUCUAGUGCCUACAAAAUAAACUACAUUUGUAAUUUUAGAAGAUGCUCCUAAAUAUGUGCUAUAUCUGAGCAGUGGGUUUUGUACCUUUUCUUCCCCCCACCCCUGAACUUUUAUAGACCGAAAGCAUUUGCAUGAAUUAUUCCAUUUUGAAGCAAUGCAUUGCAUACAACAAAAUGCUGUUUCUUCAUAUCCUUUGUUGCACCAAGCACCUAAACUUUAUGACCUCCAAGCAUUUUACUUUUGACGCACUUGCACUUUAUUCUGGUUUAGUGUUGUCGAAAGUGGUAGAGCAGUAGUGAUGCAAAUACUAUUCUGUUCUAUUCAAAUGAGAAGUUUAUGUCUGACACACAUUUCAAAUGACACAAUGGAGUCUGUUUAGUCUAACUAACAGCUCUCUGUUCUUUGAGCAUAUAAAGGGGAAAGAACAUUCAAAAAAGACAUGAAGGUGUCCCAGUGGGAUGGAAUAUUAACAAAAACAUCUGACAUUGAUUUGUGUACCACAAUAGCUACACAACAUGUAGGACUGGAAUAGGGCUAUAGAAAAAGUUAUGUAUAAUGCUCACAAAAUCCCAGUCCUAAUGUUUAAUGGCUCAGUUAUUCUUUUUUUUUUUUUUUCUCACAAUCCCACAGUGCUUUUACCCAUAUGUUCAGAACAUGUUUAUGUAAAUCCACUUGUGAUAAAAUUGUAGUUCUUGUGACACUGGAAGUUGAAACACAUGAGAAGUGUGGCAGGAAAUGUGAUGCUAGUUGCUCAUGUGUCAACACAGAUGCAUGUCAUGAGCUGGGAAGUUCCUCUCAGCAGCAGUGGUCAGUCAGAAAUGGAGUCACAUGUGGCUUGGAGUAUUUUAAAUUUCAUUGCAUGUAGAUAGAAGCACAGAUAGGGCUUUCAACCUGUUGCCCUCAUCAGCUGUUGUGGGUUCUAUUCUUUAUAAUAAACAACUAACCUAAUAUUUCCAAAAUGUAUGGAAGUAUAAUGUGUAUAAUAUUUUUAUUUCUAUAUACAUUUAUUUACUAUAUAAACAUCAAAUAAACAGGAUGAGUGGUUUUGCAAAACCAGAGAACCAAGCAAAAUUGAAAUAAGUGACACUUAAACAUUUCUGAUAUACUGCAUCUGAAUAUCUUGAUUAUUCGUCCAGUGUCUAUUUUGAAUUCAUAAACAUUGCAUGAACGGAUGGUUUCUCUUUCGAUUUUGCAUACAGUGUGACAGCAGAUCUCAUGACACAGAUGAUUCAGAUAACGUGGCAUGGGUUUGUUUAGAGGGAAGCAUUUUGGUUUAGGAAUAACCAAACAUUGAUGUAUCAAAAAACCCUUGACACAAGUAGAAAAGUACACAAAGUACAAGAUUAAAAAGCUUUGAGAAGAUAGUAUUUAAAUCAAAAUGGGAUUGGAAAUCUAAAUGUACGCAAAGUGCUGAGUAUACUAUGUGACAAAUGCAGUUAAAAUAAAUAAUUUAAAAAUACAAUUACAAAUAAAAUAAUUAAACAGUGUUACAAGAGUAAUACAUCUACAGAAAUAUAACAUUGUUGAGCUUUUAACUCAACCUCCAACUGUAUUUUAAAGAUGUGAUACAUUUGCUUUGAUGGAUGGAUCUUCCUGUUCUUUCUUGAGGAAAUCAGAAAACAGGUCUCUGGUUUGGGUGAUGGGAGGAGUGUAGAGAAAUAUAGCCUGCUGUUUGUUCCUUGUCUCCUUGUCACAUACUCAGUGUCUCCCACAAAGAAGAUACCACAAUGUCUGAUCCAAACAAAUCUUUUCUGAUCAUAGACUUUGCGGAUGCAUAUGAAGAACUCAACUAUACAUAUGACCCAAACUUCACCAUAAACCCGGACACGCAGCCCUGCAGCCACUUCUCCGCCCCAGAUGCACUGAUGGUUGUUGUCAGUGCGUUUUAUGUCCUCAUCUUUCUGUUGGCGAUUCCUGGAAAUCUGGUAGUGGCAGUGGUGAUUGGCCUUAGCAAGCAGUCGCUGCCUCCCUCUGACCUCUACCUCCUCCACCUGGCCGUUGCCGACCUCCUGCUGGCCAUUACUCUCCCAUUCUUGGCCACCUCUGCUAUACAGGGUUGGGUGUUUGGAGACGCCAUGUGCAAAAUUGUCACCAUCCUCCAAGAGCUAAGCUUCUACUCUAGCAUUCUCUUCCUGACUUGCAUUAGCAUGGACCGUUACAUGGUGAUUGUGCGAGCGAUGCAGGCUCGCAGGGCUAACCGACAGCUAGCCAGCUGGGGAAUUUGUGCUGCUGUCUGGGCUGUUGGAGGACUUCUCUCUCUGCCAGGCCUUAUAAGUUCUUCUUCGUCUUCCAGUAAAUCCAGUCAGACAGUGUGUACUGAGCAAUAUGAUCCCAGCAGUGCUGACGAGUGGCGGCUGGCCACUAGAAUUCUUCGCCACACUUUGGGUUUUGUUAUCCCCUUGGCCAUCAUGCUGUCCUGUUAUGGAGUAACCAUCCGGCGCCUCCUUAACAUCCGCGGGGGGUUUCAGCGGCAACGAGCCAUGAGAGUGAUUGUGUUUGUGGUCGCCGCCUUCCUGCUUUGUUGGACACCGCACCACUUUGUAGUGAUGACGGACACAUUUUUCAGGGCAAAAAUAGUGCCGUACCAGUGCCCAGCCAGGAUGGCAGUGGAUCAGGCCAUGUUUGCCACCCAGAGUAUGGGCCUGCUUCACAGUUGUGUCAACCCAGUGCUGUAUGCUUUUGUGGGCGAGAAGUUCAGGAGGAGGCUGCUUCAGAUAAUGAAGAAGAUGGGCAUCCUGGAGAGAACAUCAGUGUCAAGAAGCAGCAGGUCUUCACUGUCAUCAGAAAUCACAUCCACAUUCAUGUGAGAACGCCAAAGAGACACUUUAAGCUAUUCGGAUAAAUUGAUCACAUCAGCGUGUUUACUGCACGAUCUCAAGUGCUGGACUCGAGUUGCUCUGAACAUUUCACCAAAUUUGUAAAUAUUUUUUAAAGCUUUGUUCUAUUUUUAACAAAUCUUGUUGAACUUGUUUUUGGUUUCAAUCCAGUGUAUGCCAAAGUAGGCUAUACUAGUUGGGCUGCAAACAUCAACAACAUUGUUUUUGUGGUUACCCAUUAAAAAAACCCUCUCUUUACUCAGCCAUGUCUAGUUAUGUGGAAACUGUGGAAAACAUGUUUGUCAAGUGUGUCUCUGUUUCAUCACAGUAAUACUAUGUCUCAACAUUAAGACAAAACAUCCGCUGAGAAACACCUGCAGCAGAGAGUUCUGGAAAAAGCUAGAAUUUGAGUUGAGUUAAGACAAUUCAGUCUGUUUGAGUUUUAUGUACAUUAAGCUGAAGACAGCAGGUUGCUAUUCACACGGCAAACAAUUUGCAGUGUAUGUACUGUUGCAAUCAUCAAUAAAGUAUUCUAUAAACAUGUA